CUGUGCUCACUGCGGUAGCCACACUUAUCGAUUGGGAUAUGCUACCGGAAGAGGAGAUACACGUGUCUGCUCUGCUGUGGGCCCGUGCGCGUGAGAUCUGACGGGCGCCAAGUUGCAGUAAAUCGCAUAGCCAUUAUUUCCAUCCCCCUUCUGCCACACACUCUAUCCACCCAUGAAUAUAGCGGGGCCAUCCCAACCCCGCAAUAGAGGUUCGACGGCAUCAAACAGGCCACAGAGUACAUACGAAGAUGACCUCCUUCGAAUUUUGGCCCAGCUGGGUCCCGAUGGCACCAAUCAAUUUCGAGAGUUUUACGAUCGUAGGAAUCACCAGGGUCAACAAAUGACAGACCACGAAAUUGCUAUGAGGAUGUUCCUACAGGGUGCGAGAGAUUUGGAAGCUAUUGAGGGGGAUAGGGCACUUGCUCUCGCGUUGGCUCAAGACCUCCAGCUUGAGGACGAGCCUGUGGUAGAAGCGAGCAUUCCUCGUCGGCCGAAUCCUCCUCAGCCUCAGAACACUCCAACUAGGCCAAUGAACCCCACCAGACCCGGAAAUAACGCUACCAACGGAAAGCAGACAUGGGGUGAUUGGAUUGCUUCCGUAUUCAAUGGACUGUUCGGGGCCCCCCAAACGAGCGCGAGUGCGGCCGCACCCGCUACUCCUGUGAUCCGCAUCCAGCAAGACCCACCAGCCACGACACCUGCACGGCCAACAGGUCACGUCUGCGUGAUUUGCCAGGAUCCGAUUUACGGAUCCGAAAUCCGAGCACCUUGCGGACAUUACUAUGAUAUCCCAUGCGUCACCGACCUCAUUCAGUCCGCUACGCGUGAUGAAAGUCUGUACCCUCCUCGCUGCUGUAGGCAAAAUAUCCCAUUCCCCGAAGUCCAACCUCACCUCUCACAUGACCUUGUGACCCAAUUCCAAGAGAAGAGCAGGGAAUUUGGGAUUCCCAAUCGAGUGUACUGCGCUCGGCAAACGUGCAGUCGUUUCUUAGGUCCUCUCACCGAAACCAUAUUUGGGGUGACAGUCUAUGACUGUUCCGCACCCGGCUGUGGAACUCGAACGUGCGCAAGUUGUCGAGGUCGAUAUGACGGAUGGAUGCAUACAUGUCGACAAGAUCAAGGCGCCGAGCAGGUUCUCAAUCUCGGACGUACAGAGGGCUGGGCGCGGUGUCCAGGCUGCUCACAGCUUAUCGAGCUUAACAUGGGAUGUUAUCAUAUGACGUGUCGGUGCAGGACAGAGUUUUGUUAUUUGUGUAGGGCGCGUUGGAAGACGUGUAGAUGCCCUCAGUGGGAUGAGCGCCGACUGUUUGCUGCGGCGGAGCAGAGAGUCGACGCACAACUUGGUGGGGGUGAGCACCACCAUCGCUUGCGUGAUGUUCAGCGGGUUGGAGAUCCCGUUCAGCCCGUUCAGCCGAGGCCGCAAAACGUUCAGGUCGUACAACCUAGAGCUCAGCCUGCAUAUGUAGUUCAACCAAGGGCUCCUUAUGUCGCGCCAGCUUUCCGAGCUCCUGUUACUACGCCGGUCCGCCCGGCAGCACCUCUUCGAGUGCCAGGCCUACCACGCGAAGUUCUGCCUACACCGCCGGUUCAACCGAGAGUUCCCACAGCUGACGUCCAGACUGCUGAUACAACCGUGCGCCAUAUCCAAACUCGGGCUCAGCGUCUCGCCGCCUCUCAGUCUCCGGCAACACCGACUCGACCCCACUCUGAUGUACGAUCGCUUGUUGAGGUAAUCCAGAGAGUUCCGUCGACUCAGAGAUCGACACCAACGUCAGGCACAUCGACCAACGCCCAUCCUCGUGUUCGUCCCACGGUACCUCCAAAACCUGCAUCUUUGACCUCGGCAAUUACUUCACCACUGCCCAGCCCUGCUGUACCUCCAAGACCUGCAGGUUUGACUAGUAUUAGAAGUGCGGGCACAGGUCCGACCCCAGCCCGGAACGUCGGCACUCAGAAUGAUACCAUCCGCCAACGCAUGAUUCACGAAAUGGCCGAACGUCUCCGCGUAGAUCACGACUGUCAACAUACAAAGUGGAAAUUCCGUCAGGGAGGAGGGAGUUGUGAACAUUGCCAUCGUGCGUUACCGUUGUAUUUGUUUAGGUGUGUUGGGUGUGAGAUGUUGGUGUGUAAUCAAUGUCGCAGGAACAGGCUUUAAGGGCAAAGUGCCUUUUUUUCUUGUCGUUGGCAUGUAAAACCAUGCCAGGUGAUUAGAGGGAAAUUCGGGGGCGUUAAGCAAUGCCAUUCGCCUCGUCACAAUCACAAAUAUUUUCUUGCAUUGUUCGUUUGUAAAAUUAGGUAUAAGCCGCUUUCUUCGCUGUUCCCCCCAUUCAAUUUCGGGUUGCGUUGCACAUUGUAUAGUCUUCGACGACGCAACGAAAUGAAUGCUGAUUAAUGAUUGCCCAUACUUGCGAAUAACACGCGAACAAUGUAUACAGAAAUGAGGGGUCCGACUUUGCAUGCCCGUAGUACCUAUGUACAACACCCU